CACGUCAGGGCAUCAAAAUGGGUGGCCCAAUUUUGAUGCGGCUUCAUUAUUUUAUAUUACAUUUUAUUUUAAGUAUAUCGCAAGGCCAAGCGAAUGAUAUUUUAGGCUGCGGGGGAUUCGUUAAAAGUCAUGUCAGCCUUGAUGUCUCAAAUAUUGAAAUAGGAUUAUAUACCAAAGAAGGCAGUUUGGUUGAAAAAACGGAAUGUGCACCUACAAAUGGGUAUUACUUUUUACCUUUAUAUGAAAAGGGAGAUUACAUAUUAAAGGUGCAUCCUCCAGCUGGUUGGAGUUUCGAGCCGUCACAGGUUGUGCUCUCUGUGGAUGGAGAGACUGACCAGUGCUCUAGAGGUCAAGAUAUCAACUUUUCUUUCAAUGGUUUUGGCAUAACUGGUAAAGUUAUAACAGCGGGACAAGAAGAGGGACCCAGUGGCAUUUCUGUGCAAUUGGUGAAUGAUAAAGGAGAUGUCAGGAAUACAGUCACAACAGCAGGUGGUGAUUUCAACUUUACCCCUGUGAUACCUGGAAAAUAUGUGUUAAAAGCAUCACAUGGCAGAUGGAAACUAGAGCCAUCACAGGCUACAGUGCAAGUGAAGGAAGGUAACACUGUUUUGCCUUUGGGAGUGCUUGCGGUGAAGGGGUAUGAUGUGUCAGGAUCUAUCACAUCAUUUGGCAGUCCCAUCAGCGGUGUUUAUGUGUUGUUGUAUUCAAAAGAGGAAAAUCCCAAAUUCCGUGUGGAAGGGUGUAAAACAGCUCUCCUGCAAGGUGUUCCCGAUUCGCCAAUCUGCCACUCCAUCACCGAUGCAUCAGGGGAGUUCAGCUUUGGCCUUGUACCAGCGGGAGAGUACAAAUUGGUUGCAUUGAACAAGUCCCCUGGCCAAGCGACAGUCACCUUUAAUAUUAAACCGGAGAAUGUAGCGUUCACUGUACACCAUGACAGCCAGUAUAUUAAGAAUGCUUUUGAGGUAACAGGUUUCAACAUAGUGGGAACGGCAUAUGCAUCAAAGGACGGUAAGCCAGUGUCUGGGGCGCGAGUAUUACUGGCGGGAGAGGCGGUAGCCACAAGUGACGCGACCGGCAAGUUCUCGCUGUCUGGACUCAAGCCCGGCAAUUACAUCCUCGGUUUGCAACACGAGCACUGCUCGUGGGACGACAGUACGGUGCGCGUGAGCACGCAGGGCGCGCACGCGGUGACGCCGGUGGCGGCGCGCUGGCGCGUGUGUGGCCGCGUGUCGCCGCCGCGCCGCCUCGCGCUCGCGCCCGCGCAAGGGGGCGUGCUGCACGUGGCCGCGGGGCAGGAUGGUAAAUGGUGUACAUACCUCGCGCCGGGAACAUAUACUGCGAAAGUAGAGGUCACGGAACAAGAGCAUAGAGAUGGGUUACAAUUCUACCCGGAGUGGCAGCAAAUAGUUGUAGCGUCCAGCCCAGUGUCGGACAUAUCGUUCUCUCAGCUCCGCGCCACUGUGGUGGGGCGCGUGGUGUGCGCCGAGUGCAAGGGCACCACCGUCACACUGCGCAACCUGGCCGCCGACGGCAGCUAUGUCGGCGAGCCUAUGUAUACUGAUGUUAAAGACGGCAGCUACACGUUCGAGCAAGUGAUGCCGGGCAGUGUGGAGGUGAGCGUGCGCAGCGAACGCGAGGCGUUCUGUUGGCGGGAGGCGACACACAAUGUAGCGGUCGCCGCUGAGAGAGCCACUGUACCGGACUUUGUGGCCACUGGGCGGAUGCUGAAGAUCACGUCUACUCAUGACAUUGAGGUGGAGUACACGGGCCCGUCCGCGCAAGGCACGCUGCGGGUGGGGGCGGGCAGCAGCGUGCAGUGCGUGGGGCGCGGCGGGCGCUACGAGCUGCGGCCGCGCGCCUGCCACCGCGUGCUGCCCGACCGGGCCGACGUGCUCGUGGCCGGGGACAUGCCGUCGGUAUCAUUCCGUGCGGUAGCACACUCAAGCACAAUACGUGUGUGGAGUUCAGCGAGCGGGGAACUUUCCCUACUUAUUGAGAAGGAGAAGCCGGGUGACGCGAGUGAUGCGGUCGGUGAUGAUCCAAUGGUGAUCCCGCUCACACCGGUAGCGGCUGAUGGUGGAUAUGUGUAUGAGCACACCCUGUAUUUGGCUGAGGGCGAAGCGGUCCGCGUGACGCCGCAAUCCAGCACGCUGCUAGCGAAGCCCCGCUCGUCCCGCGUGCUGGGGGGCGGGCGGUGCGAGGCGGGCGCAGCGUUCCGCGCCGCGCCCGGCACCACGCUCGCGGGCCGCUUGCUGCCGCCCGUCGCGGCCGUCACCGUUACACUCGCUGCUGGCGACUUCAAGCUGACCCAAGUUACAAAAGAAGACGGAUUGUACAGCUUCGGCCCGCUGGAAGCUGAUAAACAGUACACGGUCAGCGCUGAGAAAGAGUCGUACGAGUUCAGUGCACCCGAUGAACAUGGCAAUAUUGUGGCCAAUAAGCUCGCUGAGAUUGAAGUUAUUGUUGUUGAUGAUGCUGAUGACUCUCCCUUGGAGGGUGCACUAAUCUCCGUCUCCGGCGGGGUGUACCGUCGCACGGUGGCCAGCGGGGUGUCGGGGGUCGAGCGGUUCGGAGCCCUACCCCCGGCGCAGUACUACGUGAAGGCGAACAUGAAGGAGUACCGGUUCGUGCCGCCGAGCCACAUUGUGGACGUGUUGCCGCCGCCGCACCAGCAGCCACAACCGCUGGUCUUCAGGGGGGUGCGCGUAGCGUGGUCGGUAUCAGGUCGCGCAGUAUCUCUGGGCGGUGCUGCGGCGGGCGCGCUGCCGCUGCGGGCGCGCCCGCCGCCGCCCACACCCGCGGUGGAUGCUACUGCCACCAGCACGGGGCAUUUUAGGAUUCGUGGUCUCCUCCCAUCAAUCCAGUACACGUUGGAGCUAAAGGAAAGUUCAGCGCCCGAGCUCGCCGGCAUCAAACUUGUAAAAGGACCCGGGCCUAUUGAAGUGAAAGGUAAAGAUAUAGAAGACGUGCAGCUAAUAGUGAUCCAACCGACCCAAAUCACUGACGUCACAGUGCUAGUACACGCGGACAUUGAUCACUAUCGAACACUAAAACUGACACUAGCACUAGAGACCACUAAACAACCGGUGUACAGCACUAAGUUGGACCCCAGUGGCUUCAGCCAGGGCUCGAACCCGGGACUCAUGUACGCUUUGCCAAGAUUAGCAGCGGAUAAUAAAACCUAUGUGAUUCAGAUAGAAAGCUCGCUGUCAAAGUUGACGCAUUCGUAUGAAGAGCCGGCGGUGUAUUUCAACUCGGAUGGCGAUGUGAAACACUUUGAUAUCAGUUUUGUGACUAAGGUUAAAUCAUCGGAACAAGAGUUACGAGCUAGCUCUUUCAUAAUGCUGCCCCUUCUAGGUGCACUAGCAUUGGCCUACAUGCAUCGUGACAAAAUAUUAGCUCGUAUCAAGGCGGACUAUAGCACUAAGAGAUUGCCGAGGAAGAGGACGCAGUAAGGAGUUGUAAAAGGGGGAUAUAGAAGGGAGAGGGGGGGAGGGCGAAUAAAGGGGAGACUGUGGCUUAUACUGUAUGUAGGAUAAGUGUCAGACGGGAGUCAUGGUAACGAAGAGGGGAUAAAAUGUUGUUCGUAUGUGUGGAGCUCCCAGUGCGAUUCUUUUUAAGGGAGGGAAAUGUACUCAUUUCCAGGGAGGAGACUUGGUUACUAAUUUAAACAGGUGGGAUAAAAUAUAUUAUUCUUGUGUGUACAACUGCCAGUUAGAUUCUUGUAAAACGAGGGUCAUUUGUAGAUCCCAGUAGGAUUCUUGUAAAAGAGGGAGUUAAUAAGAUGAGGUUACGUAUUUAAUCGUUUGAAUGAUGGAAAAUGAGUUAUGAUUUAUGAAUAUUUGAAAUAAUGUAAUUGCUGAGUUACCUAGCGGUAUUGUGAAUGUAAUGUUCCACUAAACUUAAAUUAUCCAGGUUUCAUUUUUCAUAAAAAUAGACAAGAUUAUGUUAGAAAAGUGUUAAGAGAUAAGGUAUUAUAUUAUGUUAUAUCGAAUUAAAAACAAUGCAUAAUAAUUAAUUGAAGUAUUUUGUGAGUAUAUAGUGAGAUCGUUUUGUUGCUCAAGUUUUGAGUUUUUGUUAAUUUUGAUAUAUGUAAUUUGAAUAAUAGUAAUAGUAUACUCAUGAUAAAGUGCAAUCUAUCUGUAAGUUAAAAAUUAUUCAAAUAAUAAAUCAUUUGCUAACGCAUUCCCGAUUCAUAAUCUAAUGUUUUUGUUACAAAAAUU